AUGGAGGGCGGCGAGGCGGCGGGCGGCCCGGGGCGGCCGCUGAGCGACGCGGAGCUGGCGGCGCUGGCCAAGGAGGAGCUGGUGCGGCGGCUGCGGCAGGAGGAGGCGGAGAAGCUGGCGGCGCUGGUGCAGCGCGGCCGCCUCAUGCAGGAGGUCAACCGGCAGCUGCAGGGCCACCUGGGCGAGAUCCGCGAGCUCAAGCAGGUCAACCGGCGGCUGCAGGACGAGAACCGCGAGCUGCGCGACCUCUGCUGCUUCCUGGACCACGAGCGCCAGAAGGGCCGCCGCGUGGCCCGCGAGUGGCAGCUCUUCGGGGCGCACGCGUCCCGGGCCGUGCGCGACGAGCUGGCCGGCUGCUGGCAGAAGCUGGCGCAGCUCGAGGGCCGCCAGGACGAGCUGCUGCGCGAGAACCUGGCGCUCAAAGAGCUCUGCCUGGCUCUCGAAGAGGAGUGGGGCCCGCGGCCGGCCGCUGGGGCCGGGGCCGCCUCUGCCGCGGCGGCGGCAGCAGCAGCAGCAGCAGCAGCAGGAGGAGGAGGAGCUGAGGCCGGGGCUGAGCCUGGAGGAGGCCCGGGAGGCCCCGGCACCGACGGCCCGGGCGGUUCGGGGCCCGAGCUGGGGCUGCCCCCGUGCGGGGCCCGGGACGUGGGAGACGGCAGCUCGAGCACGGGCAGCGUGGGCAGCCCGGACCAGCUGCACCUGGCCUGCUCCCCGGACGACUGAGCGAGCCCCCCGAACCCCGCCCCAGCUCUGUCCAGCCUGGACGCGCCCUUGCUCUUGGGCAAUAAAACUUGGAAAGAUCCCAGCCCUCGGGCCCGGACCGUCCGUCUGUUUGGGGACCCGGAGGCGACUCGGGGGUGGGCAUGUGGGAGGGGAGUGGGGAGACAGACCCCUCCCAAGAUUGGGGUGACUCUCCUAAACGUCCAGCCGGGGCCCCUUUAUGCAGUGGAAGGAGCAGGAACCAGAGUGGCUUGUGCUUGGAGAUAGCUCCCUGGGGAAACCUUGACCUGGAGAAGAUGGAGUGGGGAGGCAGCUGCCCCCAGGAAUUUGUGAGGGAGCAAAUCUUUUGUGGACACCUAAGGUCCGGGGCUCAGAAGGGUCUGGACAUUUCCACAGCAAAACUAGGCCCAGAUCCAAACCCUGAGGAGGAGCCCCCACCCUAUCCAGGCUCCUUCCUGCCCAGAUCAGGAUGUUUCUGACUAAGACAAUGGAGCAGGAAGCAGGUGGUGGGGGUUAAGGUCCAGAUAAAGAGGAACCCAAGGUGAACCCCCCCCCACCCACCCGGACUUCAGAGCUGGCCAAGGGGCAGGAUACCUUGGGGCCGGGAAGUCAGGCCGCUGGGAUAGCAGGGAGGUACCCAUUGUGGGGCACUGCUUCUCUUCCUGGCUAAUUAAUGUAGAGACUGUCCCAGUGGGAAAGGCAACCCCCCCCAUUCCCAAGCUUCCUGGCAUAUUUGGAAGUACUAAUUGAGGACCCGGUGUAUCCCUGGCCUAGCCACCUAAUCUGGGCUCCUCUCUUGGCCUCAAUUUCUCCAUUUGUAAAAUGAAAUUAGAUUGGACGAUGCCUCAAAUUCAUUCCAGCUCUGACAUUUUGUGUUCUGGGUUCCAAGGUCACUCCCUGCUCUGACAUUUUGCUUCUAAGAUCCCUCCCUGUUUUGACAUCCUCUGUACCGUGUUGUGAAGACACUGGCAUUCUGUGUUCUAAGAUCCUUCCCUGCUUGGAUAGCCUAGGGUUCUAUGCGCUCAGAUGCUCAGAUUCCCAGGUCCCAGGGAGUCAUCACCCAAAGCCAGCCUUCAGUCUUUUUAUUCCAUUUGGCCAAUUUGUACAAAAAUAGUCUCUUUAGGAAAAUAAAUAGCAGCCUCUGAGGAAAA